AUGUCACUACUUCAGAAGCCAAAGAGUGAAAUGUCACAGGAGGAGCUGCAGAAGCUCGAAGAAGAGGAGUUCAACACUGGGCCACUGUCGGUGUUGACUCAGUCGGUGAAGAACAACACCCAAGUCCUAAUUAACUGCCGAAAUAAUCGCAAACUACUAGGCCGUGUUAAAGCAUUUGACCGACAUUGUAAUAUGGUGUUGGAAAAUGUUAAAGAAAUGUGGACCGAGGUGCCCAAGAGUGGCAAGGGCAAGAAGAAGGCCAAACCUGUCAACAAGGAUCGUUUCAUCUCUAAAAUGUUCCUCCGUGGCGACAGUGUCAUUCUUGUGUUGAAGAAUCCUCUUUCAUAA